CUUUUAAAAAGUUUGCAAUUGCAGGAUUACAAUUUGCAACUUAGUGCAAGGGCCUCCUUCCAUAACAACUGCACAAGGCAAAGAAGAUGAGCAGCAUGACAGUCUUCAGGCUAAUCUUCCUUGUGGUGUUUCUUGGAUGGCUCGUGGUUUGGAUUAUGUUGCCAACGAAGUUAUACAAAAUUACAUGGACUCCCAAGCUAAACAGCAAGCUUAAUUCAACGUAUUUUUCAGGACAAGGCACAAAUCUACUGCUCCUUUCAUUCCCGAUGAUGUUCAUUGCUGCCUUAGGAUGCAUUUAUCUCCAUGCUAAGAAGCAGCAGAGAAGUUCAUACUCCAAAAGUGUUGUUACAAGCAAUCGUUUGUCCUUCUUAAGACGUCCGGCUCUCGUGAUGGCUCCUCUUGGAACUGUUACUGCAAUGGAGCUUGCUUUUGUAGCCAUGUUUAUUGCACUCUUGAUCUGGUCUCUUGGAAACUACUUGUAUGUCAGUUUUGGUCAUCUCCACAUACAUAAACAAGGGGAGAAAGUGUGGCAAGCAAAGUUUCGCAGUGUAUCGUUGCGACUUGGAUAUGUUGGAAACAUAUGCUGGGCUUUUCUCUUCUUUCCUGUAACUCGAGGAUCUUCAAUUCUGCCUCUUGUUGGACUUACCUCUGAGUCCAGUAUCAAGUAUCAUAUCUGGCUUGGUCAUCUUUCGAUGAUUCUUUUUGCUGCACAUACUGUAGGUUUCGUCAUAUACUGGGCAAUGACUAAUCAAAUGGCUGCGAUGCUGGAAUGGGGCAAAACCUGGGUAUCAAAUGUUGCUGGAGAGAUUGCAGCUGUACUUGCAUUAGCAAUGUGGGUGACUAGCUCUUACCGUAUUCGGCGUAAAAUGUUUGAGGUUUUCUUCUACACCCACCAGCUAUACAUUCUCUACAUAGUCUUCUAUGUAUUGCAUGUUGGUGCUGCCUACUUCUGCAUGGUCUUGCCUGGGAUCUUCCUCUUCGUCAUCGACCGAUACAUGAGAUUCUUACAGUCACAGCGACGGGCUAGAUUAGACUCCGCACGUGUCUUACCAUGUGGUAGUGUUGAAUUGACCUUCUCCAAGAGUCCAGGGCUGUAUUAUAAUCCAACAAGCAUAUUAUUCCUAAAUGUGCCUAGCAUUUCGAAACUACAAUGGCAUCCUUUUACUAUAACUUCAAGCUGCAAAAUGGAUCAAGAUAAGCUUAGUGUAGCUGUCAAAAGAUUGGGAAAUUGGUCCCAAAAGCUUUGCCAAGAAAUUUCUUCUUCCGUGGAUCGUCUUGAAGUUUCUGUAGAAGGACCAUAUGGACCUAAUUCAUCUCAUUUUCUAAGGCAUGAGCUACUGGUUUUGGUGAGUGGAGGUAGUGGCAUCACUCCAUUUAUCUCCAUAAUCCGCGAGAUCAUGUUCGAAAGCACGAAACCGAACUAUCAAGUUCCUCGAGUCCUUCUUGUUUGUGCAUUCAAGAACUCAGCUGAUCUUGCCAUGCUAGACCUUCUGCUCCCAAUCAAUGACACACCUGCAAACAUUUCUCAAGUGCAGCUGCAAAUUGAAGCCUAUAUCACCAGGGAGGAAGAGCAUCCUAUUGCAGAUAACCAAAAGCUUCUCCAAACCAUUUGGUUUAAGCCAAAUCAAUUGGACUCGCCGAUUUGCGCAGGUCUAGGCCAGAACAAUUGGCUAUGGCUUGGUGCAAUAAUUGCAUCUUCAUUUAUCAUGUUCCUUCUCAUACUAGGCAUUGUCACUCGUUACUAUAUUUACCCCAUUGACCACAACACUGAGGAGAUAUACCAUUUUUCCUACUUUGUACUCUGGGACAUGUUUUUGCUCUGUGCCUGUAUUUUCUUAGCUUCUAGUGCAGUCUUUCUUUUCCGCAAGAAAGAGAAUACCAUAGAAGGGAAGCAAAUUCAGAACCUGGAAGUGCCAACUCCAACACCAUCACCGGGUUCAUGGUUUCGCAACUCAGAUAGAGAGCUCGAAAGCCUUCCUCAUCGGUCACUUGUUCAAGCUACCAAGGUGCAUUUUUGUGCAAGGCCUGAUCUCAAGAGAAUUUUGUUCGAUUGCAAAGCCUCGGAUGUUGGAGUCCUGGCUUGUGGGCCAAGGAAAAUGAGGCACGAGGUUGCCAAGAUUUGUUCAUCUGGCAUGGCAGAUAACUUGUACUUUGAGUCCAUCAGCUUCAACUGGUGAUGCUAGUAAUAUAUACACUUCUAAGUAGAAUAAAAGUAGGGUUUGGUCAGUACCAUCCACAGCUACAGCAAGGACUCUUUCUUUGUGAUUAUGGACAAAUAAUUUGCUAGUAAUAUAUAUACUUCUAAGUUUUUAUUUGAAAA